AUGGUGGGUGAAGAGGCGAACUGGACAGUCGACAAACUAUGGGUCUUGUUCAGAUCGUUAGUUUCGUGUUCCCUUCAUGGCACAACUGUUUGUGUCAUAGAUGCCAUUGACGAAUGUGACGCUUCGGAUGAUCACCUUCUGAAAGAUCUACUCGAACUGCCAGGAUCACUGGGACCUCACUUCAAGAUCGUCGUCACCAGGACCACACCGAGCUCGGAAUCAACAUGGACCGCACCGUCCGAGUCCACGACCAUUGACUUAGAUACCCUGGCUAAAGACAGCGUGCUCCUCGAGUUGGCUGCAAAAGAUGAAGCAUCAGAGUUCGUGGUCAGGAACCCCGCGUUCCGCAUGUUCAAGUCCGAUCUCGAGCAAUCACUAAAGCGCAAAGGCAAUUCGAAGCUCAUCAUUUCUUUGAAGCUGGCUUUACUUGAGACGUCCGACCUUCCGUCAACGACUGUCUCGAUAUGCGAGCAGUUGGCUUCGCUUCCAGAUACAACAGACGAGAUAUAUCAACGGUUCGUCAGUCGAAUUCCUCUGCAAAGAGCCGCGUGGGCACACAAGGUCGUUUCUUGGGUCCUUUUUGCGUGUCGGCCCCUCAAAAUCCACGAGCUAGCUACCGCUGCGGCUCUUGAACCCACGCUUACGGACUUGAAGUCCAUCCGGAGUGGAAUCUCACAAGACAUUGCUCUGGAUCUAAAACGGACGUUUGGCCCCUUGAUCAAGAUCGAGAACGAAGCCGCCUACUUCCUCCAUAAUUCGUUCCAAGACUUUUUGCUCAAGGGUCAAGCCAAAACUUGGCCAGAUCACUUCACAUUGCCAUUCAAAGGCCACGGUUAUAUCACGCAAACCUGUCUGAACUACCUUUCCAUAAUGAAGAAACCUGAGAUAGGAACUGACCAAAAUGGGCCAAAAGCUUUGCCGCUCUCCGGAUGCGAUGUACAGGAUCUGCUGGUAUAUGCUGUUCAGUACUGGCCUGCACACUAUCAAUUGGUGCAAAAUGAUAUACCGACACUAGACGCAGUUUACUCGUUUCUGUCGAACGAGAGCCUGAUGCAAAACUGGUCUCGGUUUUCGUGGUCCCUAGAGAACCCGGCUAGACGUCGGUCUGCCUCUUUCAUGGAUCCUCUGCCAAUCGCAGCGGAAUUUGGGUUUGCCGAACUUGUUGCAAAGUUACUCUCAACAUCCACGGGAGACAAAAAGUCGCGUUCGAUUGCACUGGAGGUUGCUGCCUACCAAGGCUCCAAAAAUAUCGUCAAACCGCUCCUUCAGUCCGAUGUGUCCAGUACACUUGCCCUUCACAUGGCAGCCUCGAAUGGGAGUAUCGAGGUUGUGAGAGAGCUCCUCGACCAUGCCGCAAGCGUGGAAGCAACGGAUCCGCUAGGUGCCACUGCCUUGCACAUCGCUUCAAGAAAGGGAUACUGUCGGGUGGUAGAUCUGUUGCUGCAAAAGAAGCCAAACAUUCACGCAGCUGAUAAAGACGAUGCCACACCGCUCCAUCUGGCGAGCUUAUUUGGGCAUGUGGACGUCAUCCGGAGCCUUCUGAAAGCCAGAGCUGAUCCUCUACGAACAGAUAAGCAUGGUUCUACUCCUUUGCAUGUCGCUAUUGAGUCGCAGCAACCAGGCGCAGUCAAAGAGCUACUGAAUGUCGUCGCUUUGGAUUCUUUUAAUGACAAAGACGAAACGCCUUUGCACCUUGCAGCAGAUUCUGGGCGCGUCGAGAUCGCACAGAUGCUUAUAGGAAACCUACCUUCUCAUCUAAAGCACCGACCCGCUAUUCUCGAAUGCAAGCAUUGGGAAGGUAAGACACCACUGCACAGAGCGGCUCAAAAAGGACAUGGUGAAGUGGUGAAGUUACUACUCGAGGUAGGGGCAGAUGCAAGCGCGCAAGAUAACCACAGAUGUCUUCCUCUACACCUUGCAGCCGAAAAAGGUCAUUUGGACGUCGUCAAUGCGCUCUUAAAGGCGAAGGAGGAGGAAUCAAAGGCUGGAAAUGAUUUCUUGUCAAAACCCCUGCACUUGGCUGCCCUCCACGGCCAUGUAGCUGUGGUGAAGUCGCUUCUUCAAUAUUAUUCAUCUUCUCUGGACAUCUUUGACGGAUCAGAUUCGACUCCUUUGCAUCUGGCCGCAACAAAGGGCCACACGGAAAUUGUGCAAAUCCUUCUCGCUGCCGAAGCCGAAACCGAUAUAUUGAAUGAGGACCAAGAGACGCCGUUGCAUUUGGCUAGUCGACAGGGGUCUUUGCCAGUUGUGAGGAUGCUCCUCACGUCAGGUUCAGACCCAACUGCUACCAAUAGAGAAGGCCGCACUCCUCUUCACGUUGCUUGUGAAAAAGGCCAGUUGGCUGUGGUCAAGUGGCUCCUUCACAAAACUCAACAUUCUUUAGAGGACGACGAAUUCGUGAAUCUCACCGAUGAUGUGGGUACCACGCCGCUUCAUCUGGCAGCUCUGAGCGGAGACGUGGAACUAUUUGAAGAGCUUCUAAACUCACACGCUAGAUUGGAUGCUGUCGAUGACUUCGGUCGGAGUUUGUUGCACUUUGCCUCAAGGGAAGGGAGCCUCAAUGUCGUGGGGAUGUUACUCGGCAAUGGGGCUAAGAUUUCUGCCACUGAUAGGUACGAGUGCACUCCAUUGCAUGACGCAGCUGAAGCCGGACACUGGUCGGUGGUAACAGCUCUUCUCGCGGCUGGCGCCGAUCCAAAUGCAUCUGACAACGAGCUUCGUCGUCCUCUACACUACGCUUCUCAGGAUGGCCACGUCGAGAUUGUCAGGGAGCUCUUAAAGUACGACGCCAAGAAAGAUGCCCUCGAUCGACGAUCUCGAAGUCCGCUACACCUGGCCUGUCAGCGAGAAUCGAAAUUGUCGAUGCUGAGGAUGAGGAUGACGGGUGGGUACCUCCCCUCUGCCAAUCGCUCGUGUCAUCUCGAUUGUUCAAUCGUGAGGCUGACAAAGACGCCCUCCUGCCUUGCGACAGUGGCGUCGUCAUAG